AUGGAUUCUUCAUCAGGAUUCAAGAGGGUCAUGACCCUUGUGGCUGCCCUUGCCCUUUUCACUAUCUCUGUCGCUCCACUGCCGGCUCCUGCUUCCCCUGCCGAAGCUCAAGCCCUCCUCAAGUGGAAAUCCAGUCUUGGGAACCGUUCGGUUUCUUCCCUCUCUUCGUGGACUCCCUCUCCUUGUAAGGCCACCAGUUCCAAUUUGACUUCUCAUCUCAUUUACAUGGACCUGAGUGUAAACAGUCUCUCCGGCCACAUUCCACCUCAAAUCGGUUUUCUGAGCAAUCUCACCUAUCUCGACCUCUCUAUCAAUCGGUUCUCGGGGAUAAUACCACCAGAGAUCGGCCAUCUAACGAAACUGGAGGUCCUACAUCUGCAUUUCAAUGAGUUAAAUGGCUCCAUUCCCCUAGAAAUUGGGCAACUGCAUUUGCUCGAUGAGGUCACGCUGUAUUUGAAUCAGUUGCAUGGAUCUAUCCCUUCCUCAUUGGGUAAUUUGAUCAAGUUAGCUAGAUUGUAUGUCUACAACAACUCUCUUUCUGGUCCUAUACCUCCUGAGAUGGGAAAUAUGAUAAAUUUGGAAGUGCUCCACAUGGACGCUAACUUCUUGACAGGACCAAUUCCUUCCACUCUAGGGAACUUGACCAAAUUGCGAGAGUUGCACCUAUUUGCUAAUAAGCUUAACGGUUCCAUCCCCCUAGAGCUAGGGAAUUUGAAGCUUCUUAGCUCAUUAAUCCUUUACAAUAAUAAUCUUACCGGUUCAAUCCCACCGACAUUAGGCAAUUUGACGGAGCUUACCCAUCUUUUACUCCAUGAUAACCAGCUUUCGGGUCACAUUCCUGAUGAGAUGGGAAAUCUCCGCGCUAUGCAGGACUUAAAGCUGAGUGGAAAUCAGCUCGCUGGCCCAAUUCCUUCUUCUUUGGGUAAUUUGACUGACCUAGUUCUUUUGCACCUCCAUCUCAAUCACCUUUCUGGUUUGAUUCCUGGAUCCUUAGGGGAUCUAAUGAACUUGGAGGUGCUGCUAUUGAGUUACAACUAG